CUAGACAGAGCACUUACGUUGGAUUGUGUUAUUAUGAGAUUAGUUCCUAAUAUAGAUGGAGAGGGAGGUUGCUGUCCUAUGUUUAGAAUAUAUGGACAGGACCCUUUUAUGGCUGCUGAUCGGACUCCCAAAGUUCUGUUUUCCACUCCAAAAAGGAGCAAAGUUGUCCGGCAUUACAAGCAGGCUGACUGUGAACUAGUAAAGAUUGACAUCCAUUGUCAUGUUCAAGGCGAUGUUGUUCUUGAGUGUAUUAGUCUGGAUAGUGAUUUGGAACGUGAGCAAAUGAUGUUUCGUGUCAUGUUUAAUACAGCAUUCAUCCGAUCAAAUAUUUUGAUGCUUAACCGUGAUGAAAUUGACACCUUGUGGAAUAGUAAAGACCAAUUUCUGAAAGAUUUUAGAGUAGAGAUUCUUUUCUCAGAUAUGGAUGCUUCUUCUUCUGUUAUUUCAAUUGAUAUGCCUCGGCUUGAGGACAAAGAAGGCCUUCCUAUUGAAGCAUUUGCCAAGGUUCAAGAAAUUUUCAGCAACGUUGAUUGGCUAGACUCAAAAAUAGAGGUAGUGAAUGUGCUCCAACAGAUCACAGCAUCAAAUAAGCUCCAGGAAAUAUUGGACAGUGGGGUUUCUGCUAGACCAAGCAACUUGCUAAAGGAUUCAUUGUCUGGAAGAUUUAAAUUUGAUCCAACAACACUGCCUGAAAAUGGUAUCUCAAGUAUGACUUCCACAGUUCCAGGAAAAACCAAAGAAUCUAUUCCUUCAUAUGAACCUUCUGUUGAUCCUAAUUCUCUCAAAAGGAGGAUUGAACCUCAACAUUUGCAGGUUUCUCUUCAGUUGCCCACCCAAUCCAAAAUCAUUUCUCCACGGGUGCGUCAAGCUUCUCAAUCUGCUCUGGUUUUAUGUUGUAGUUCUUUACAAGGUUCACCUGUACCUAUAUCAAGAUAUCCUAGUGCACCAUCAGCCUUGGGAAUUACAGCUUUGUUGCAGGAUCGUGCUGAAGGGAUAUCAACAAAGAAGUCAAUCAUGGAGUUACAGUGUCCCCUUCUUCUUCUACACUGUCCCCUUCUUGUUCCUCCAGUAUCAACAUCAGCAUUGCUGCGAUCUUUAGAACUGAAUUCUUUGAUGGACGUUCCUGCUGUCACGCAUAACACUUCUGCUCAACUGCAGCCUACUUCAGAAAUAUUGCAACCUAUUAUCACUCAGCACCCAGAAAAUAUAGCGCCUGAUAAAACUAGAAAACCAUUGGUUUCUCCUUCUACACCUCAAACUCAAUCUCAGCCUACUUCAGGAUUGAUGCAACCUGCUGUCACCCAACACCCUGAGAAUAUAGUGCACGACAAAGGUGAAAAGUCAUUAGUUUCUCUUCUUCAACCUCCUCAUCAACCUCAGAUUUCUUCAGAAUUGAUGCAACCUUUUAUCUUCCAGCAGCCUGAAAAUACAACGCAUGAUAAAAGCAAAAAGUCAUUAGUUUUUCCUCCUGCAACUCUGCCACCUCUUCCGGAGGCUAUACAGAGUUCUGUUUCAACCCCUUCUCAGCCAACUGCAGUCCCUCUUUCUCCAUCUUCUUCCUUGAAGAGCUCAUUUUCGGCCCUUCCUUCACCACCUCCUGCCUCUCCACCAUCCUCUUCUUUUCCUGAAAUAUCUCCACUUUCUGCCAUCAAAAAUUCUUUCAAAGCUCCCCCACCCCCACCUCCUUACCCAACUGCUGCUCCUCUUCUAUCACCUUCGUCCACAAAGAGUUCAUUGUCAACCCUUCUUCCUCCUAACCCACCCCCUCCGCCACUCUCUUCCUCUCCUCUAUCACAUGCCCUUGUAAAAAGUUCAUUUGCAUCUCCCCUUCUCCACCCCUCACUUCCUCACCCAGCACCAGUUCCUCUUCCUACAUCUUCUUCCAUGUCAUUUUCACCCUCUCCUUCACCAGCUCCAGCCCCUCCAUCACUCUCUUCCUUUCCUGUAAGAUCUCCACAUAUCACUUCAGAAAAUUCACUCAAAGCUGCCCCUCCCCCACCACCACCUCCACCUCGUGGGUAUUCUAGAACCAUGUCUGGCCCUAUUCUUAGAUCAACGGUACCGCCGCCCCCCCCUCCACCUGCUUCUCUAACCACAACUUUGUCAAAGAACUCUGCCAUUGUUCCACUUGUACCUCCUCCCCCUUCUGCUAAUGGGUUGUCAAAGGCCGGGACUUUACACCCUGGCACUGGUAAUGGAAAUGUACCUCCAGCUCCUGGACCACCUGGUGUUCUGGGCCGCCUAGUGUUCUUUGGUGUGAAGGGAUGUGGCUUGUCACGACCAAAUGCAAAAAUUCAAACUCAAACUAAGAGGAGCAAUCUCAAACCUUACCAUUGGUUAAAAUUAACAAGGGUUAUGCAUGGCAGUUUGUGGGCUGAGACACAGAAACCAGAGGAAGCUUCUAAGGCUCCAGAAUUUGACAUGUCAGAACUUGAGAGUCUUUUCUCUGCAUCCACUCCAAAUUCUAAUCAUGGAGGCAAAGGAGGAAAAUCUAAUCGUCUUGCCCCAGGGACGAAAACUGAGAAAGUUCAACUGGUUGAGCUAAGGCGAGCAUAUAAUUGUGAGAUAAUGCUUACAAAAGUCAAAAUCCCUUUGCCAGAUUUAAUGAGCUCUGUGCUUGCUUUGGAUGAUUCAGCAUUGGAUGCUGAUCAGGUUGAGAAUCUCAUAAAGUUCUGUCCAACGAAGGAAGAGAUGGAACUACUCAGGAACUGCACUGGAGAUAAGGACAAUUUAGGAAGGUGUGAACAGUUCUUCUUGGAAUUGAUGAAAGUUCCAAGAGUACAAAGCAAGUUAAGAGUAUUCUCUUUUAAGAUACAAUUUGGCACUCAGGUUUCUGAGCUUAGAAGGGACUUGAAUAUUGUUAACUCUGCAUCUGAAGAGAUCAAGAAUUCAGUUAAGUUGAAAAGAAUUAUGCAGACUAUUCUUUCUCUUGGUAAUGCUUUGAACCACGGAACUGCAAGAGGCGCUGCCAUUGGGUUUCGAUUGGAUAGUCUCCUCAAGCUCACAGAUACACGAGCCAGGAACAACAAAAUGACUCUCAUGCAUUAUCUUUGUAAGGUGCUUGCUGAAAAGCUUCCAGAACUUCUAGAUUUCAAAGACCUGGAGAGCUUGGAGGCUUCGACCAAGAUACAAUUGAAAUGUUUGGCAGAGGAAAUGCAAGCUAUUAGUAAAGGACUUGAGAAAGUAGUUCAGGAAUAUGAGUCAGAGAAUGAUGGGCCUGUGUCAGAAGAUUUCUGUAAGAUUUUAAAGGAAUUUCUUAGUGACGCUGAAGCCAAAGUGAGGUCCUUGGCUCAACUUUAUUCAAAUGUGGGUAGAAACGCAGAUGCAUUAGCUCAAUACUUCGGGGAGGAUCCUGCACGUUGCCCAUUUGAACAAGUUGUAUCCACCCUACUCAACUUUGUGAGAAUGUUUGAACGAGCCCAUGAAGAUAACUGCAAGCAGCUUGAAUUAGAGAAAAAGAAAGCAAUGAAGGAAGCGGAAAAUGAGAAGUUGAAGUUAACUCCUAAAAAGAAGUCUGAACAAAUGAUAAGUUCCCCCAUUGAGAGUGGCGAUAUCAAGUGAUCAUAUAUCAGAGGCCUCAAGUUGUCAUUGAGUUCAUGAAAUUCCCUUCUGGAGGGGACAAUGAUGAUGACGUGAAUGACUGAUUCUCUCAUGCAAGAACUGUAACGUUGGUGGUAUAUGGCUGAGGAUGAGAUUUAUUGUAAGAAGCAAUUCUUCAUAAACCCGUUUGUGGUAGUCUAGAAUUUCGGAUUACUAUGCAUUUCACUGUCUGAUUCGUUGUUCGUCCAGCAGAAAAGCAGGAAUUUAUGCAGUUCAGUUCAAUUGGUGAGCUACUUGUAAAAUAAUGGUCAGCAAUUUUGGUGUACAAAGUAUAUAUGAUUUAGUUUUGCUCUGCUAGUUUCUUGCGAGUACUGAGUAAUAGCGAUGUAAAUGUUGAUAAUUAAUUCAGAUAAGUAGAUAGCGUAGCAUUUGCAAUUUUGAUGAGUUGAAGGCCAUCCCUUGAAGAAGACGAUUAAUUGCUUU